GUUCUGGAAGAAGUGGAGAGGCACGUUCAUCUUCUUCGUGGUGCUGCUCGUGCUGGCGGCGAUUGCUAUCCCCGUGGGAAUUAUCAUGGCGCGGAGGGCGGACAAUGGCGGGAGUUCGUCAAGUUCGGACGACGAUAAGCCCGCGAAUUCUAACCUCGACGGAAUCAGUCGCGAUAGUAUUCCGGUAGGUUUCUUGUAAGGAGGACCUGGGCUCGGGUGCUGACUUGUGUGUGGUAGGCCUACGCCCGAGGAACAUACCUUGAUCCGUUCACCUGGUACGAUACAACGGGCUUCAACGUCACGUUCACGAAUGCGACCGUGGGAGGAUUGUCGAUCAUGGGACUGAAUUCGACCUGGGAUGAUUCCGCCCAAGCGAACGAGAACGUCCCACCCUUAAACGAGUCAUUCCCCUACGGCUCGCAGCCCAUCCGCGGAGUCAAUCUCGGAGGCUGGCUCUCCAUCGAGCCCUUCAUCGUUCCCUCGCUCUUCCAAUCCUACUCCUCGAGCGAAGGCAUCAUCGACGAGUGGACCCUCUGCGAGCGCCUGGGCAGCGACGCCAACACCACGAUCGAAAAACACUACGCCACCUUCAUCACCGAGCAGGACUUCAUCGACAUCCGCGACGCGGGGCUCGACCACGUGCGCAUGCAGUUCUCCUACUGGGCGGUGCGCACCUACGACGGCGACCCCUACGUCCCCAAGAUCGCCUGGCGGUACCUGCUGCGCGCGAUCGAGUACUGUCGCAAGUACGGACUGCGGGUGAAUCUCGACCCGCAUGGGAUCCCCGGCAGCCAGAACGGGUGGAACCACAGCGGCCAUCAGGGCAAGAUCGGGUGGUUGAACGGGACGGACGGCGCCCUGAACCGCCAGCGCUCGCUCGACAUGCACGACCAACUGUCGCAGUUCUUCGCCCAGGACCGGUAUAAGAACGUCGUCACCAUCUACGGGCUGGCCAACGAGCCGCUCAUGCUGUCGCUGCCCGUGGCGGAUGUGCUGAACUGGACCACGCAGGCGACGGAGCUCGUCCAGAAGAACGGGAUCAAGGCGUGGGUGACGGUCCACGACGGGUUCUUGAAUCUGGCCAAGUGGGACAGCAUGCUCAAGACACGGCCCGACAAUAUGAUGCUCGAUACGCAUCAGUACACCGUCUUCAAUACGGGGGAGAUCGUGCUGAACCAUACCCGUCGCGUGGAGUUGAUCUGCGAGAGCUGGUAUAGUAUGAUCCAGGCGAUUAAUGUCACGAGUACCGGGUACGUGCCUCUCACCCUUUAUCCCACUUGGAGAUAUGGGAAUACAACUAAUCUUGCGACGGAUAACAGAUGGGGCCCGACCAUCUGCGGCGAAUGGUCCCAGGCCGACACCGACUGCGCGCAGUACGUCAACAACGUCGGCAACGGCAACCGGUGGGAGGGCACCCUCGCCUCCACCGGCGACACGAUGUACUGCCCCACCGCCUCGGAGGGCACCUGCUCCUGCACCCUGGCCAACACCUCCCCCGUGGGAUAUUCCGCCGGGUACAAGACCUUCCUGCAGACGUACGCGGAAGCGCAGAUGUCCGCCUUCGAGACCGCCAUGGGCUGGUUCUACUGGACGUGGGCGACCGAGUCGGCGGCGCAGUGGAGUUACCGCACCGCCUGGAAGAACGGCUACAUGCCUGCAAAGGCGUACAGUCCGAAGUUCAAGUGCGGUGAUGCAAUCCCUAGCUUUGGGGAUUUGCCUGAGUAUUAUUGAGGGGCUGUGCUCUUCUGGAUGGGAGAGGGUUUCUGGAAUGGUGUGAUAGGGUAUGCAUAGAUCUGUGGUGGACGUGGUGUUAUAGCGACAAGUGUUAUGUACAUAUAGGGAUUGCUUUUGACCACGGCCUGGGUAGACGAUAAAUCACCUCCCUCUUUGACCACAUUAUCAAACGUAUUGCACGGCCGUCAGGUGUACAAU